AUGCCGUCAUUUCACCUUGAAUCGAGUGUAGAUAGGUUUGCUGGCUGGCUGGCCGAUGAUCGUCUAUCAUUCGAUCUAUUCGAUGCAGCCAAGUGGCCGAUUUCAAGGCCAUUCGAUGCUGUUGUCGUCUCAAUUUCAACACUUAUCGCUUCGAAAUUCGUAGCUGUCGCCACCAACGCCGUGGUGAAAUGUUCGUUUUUACUCUUCGCUAAUCUCUGGACGCGAUCGCAAACGGCUACGAAUCGAUGUCGUUAG